GCAACGCUUUUUAAAGUGAAAUUCACAGUGCCCGUCCCUACAGUCUCCGAAAAUCCAGACGCCUUCAGUUGCUUCGCUUCAGAAUUUCCGACACGUCCCAGCCGACACUGUAUCGCCACUCUCAAAUGGUAUCAUGAGAAAUGUCGGAUCCUCGUCCUCCCUCCGGUCGCUGGCAUUCUCAUCGACAUCUUACUCUCGUUCCUUGCCCGAGAAGACCGCAUUUUUCCCGCCAACACAAGAGCUCCUCUGGCACGCGUCGCCAGACUCUCUUCCCUCUGCCCUGCAACGCUACAUCAACUCCGACAACCCUUCUCGCGGCCAAAAGAUCCAUGCCCACAUUCUCAAAACCGGGUUGAAUCCCAACACCAACGUCUCCAUCAAGCUGCUCAUUCUGCAUUUGAAGAGCGGCUGCCUCAGUUAUGCCCGCGCGGUGUUCGACGAAAUGCCGCAGCGAACUCUUUCCGCCUUUAACUACAUGAUCGGCGGGUGCGUCAGGCAGCGGAGAGUCGGAGAGUCUUUUGAAUUGGUGCGCAGAAUGGUUUCUGUCGGCGAGAGGCCCGAUGGGUAUACUUUCUCCAUGAUCUUGAAGGCGUCGACUCAGGCCCAGGACGUGGACUUGCCGUAUAAAAUUACCGGGGUCGUUCACGCCCAUAUACUGAGACUAGACACUGAACCGGAUGAUGUUCUUUACACAGCACUGGUCGACUCAUAUGUUAAGCAUGGAAAGGUCGGUUAUGCUAGGGCUGUGUUUGAUAUGACGUUGGAACAGAAUGUUGUCUGUUCAACCUCGAUGAUUACUGGAUAUAUGAAUGAAGAGUCUUUUGAGGAUGCGGAAGAGAUUUUCAGGAAGACAAUUGAGAAAGAUAUCGUGGUUUUCAAUGCCAUGAUCGAAGGUUACAGCAAGUCGAGUGAAUUUGCAAAGAGAUCGCUCGAGAUUUACAUUGAGAUGCAAAGGUUGGCAUUUCGGCCUAGCAUAUCUACUUUUGCCAGUGUAAUUGGGUCUUGUUCAAUAAUGGCAGCAUACGAGGUUGGUCAACAAAUCCAAAGUCAACUAGUAAAAGCUGGACUUAUCCUUGAUGUGAAAAUGGGCAGUGCUCUUAUAGAUAUGUAUUCCAAAUGUGGGAAAGUUGAGGAUGCUUGCAGAGUAUUUGAAUGUAUGCCCAAUCGGAAUGUCUUUACAUGGUCUUCCAUGAUAGAUGGAUAUGGAAAGAACGGAGAUCCCCAUAAAGCUCUCAUUCUUUUCAGUGCCAUGCGUGAGCAGCAAAUUGAGCCCAAUUCCGUGACAUUCCUUGGUGCACUCUCUGCUUGUGCCCAUGCUGGCUUAUUAGCUAAAGGCCAUGAGAUAUUCUUGAGCAUGGAGAGGGAUUACUCGCUGAAACCGGGUAUGGAGCAUUAUGCCUGCAUGGUUGAUCUCUUAGGACGUGCAGGGAGAUUGAACUGGGCAUGGGAGUUUGUGAUGAAAAUGCCUGAAAAGCCCAACUCUGAUGUUUGGGCCGCUUUGCUUAGCUCAUGUAGGUUGCAUGGUGAUAUUGAGAUGGCAAGUGUAGCAGCCAAUGAACUAUUUAAGUUGAAUGCCGAGGGUCGGCCCGGGGCAUAUGUCGCUCUGUCUAAUACAUUGGCACAUGCAGGAAAAUGGGACAGUGUAACUGAACUGAGGGUGUUAAUGAAGGAAAGAGGGAUAUCUAAAGACACUGCUUGCAGUUGGGUUGAGGCUAAUUAUGGGUAAUGAUAGUCCUGCAUGUUGGGGAAAUUGGUGAUCAAGUCAACAGAUGAUUUCCAAGCCAUACAAUGGCGAUGAAGAGAUGUUGGGGAGGCUAAACCUGAUAGCAAAGCCAAUGACUCAGGUGUUCAUAUAUCAGGGCAAAUGAUCAGCAGUAUCAGGUCGAUCCUCUGCUGCAAUCUGUAGCAAGGAAUAAAUUAUGGGCUAUGUUGCUGCAUUGGAUGCUGCUUUGGUUCGAUACUUGCUGGUGAGAGCUUCUGGAAUUAUACCAUUGUCCACAUCCCUUUACAUCAAAGUUCUACGGAUGACUGUUUGACGAAGACUUGCUUCUACCACUUUGGUUGAUGUGGAAACACAUGUGAGAGAUUCUAUGGAGGCCUUCCGACAAUGGCAUGUUAACUUCGUUGGUUUUCAGCAUGAGGAUCAGCCAGGCAAUUCUAUUAGUCAGAGAGAAUGGAGCAAAGAAUGAGCCAAUCAAGAGGCAGGAGGGACUGAUCCAAGGGCGUGGGAAAUAGUUAAAGGGCCAAUUGGACAAACUCAACAUCCAACAGCCUAAAAGGAGAAUGGAUGAGACUGCAGCAAACCUGUUCUACUCUUCAACCUCUGGGUUUGACAGAAAUAAAUUUUAAGAAGUGCCUCACAUCAAUUUCUAACAUUGUACAAACAUAAUUUAUUAAGGAUGCUUUUAGCUUGAGUUGGACAUGACAGUCACAUUUUCUGCUUCACUUAGGCAGUCAUCCCUUCAUUGGGGCGGGCUCCUUUUUUCUUUGAUUCCUCUAUUUGUUCUAUGCUUUUAGCGAGUUGUUCCAUUUUUAUUUUUUUUUAGCAUCCCUGCGACCUGUUUGCUUUGCACUUUAGAUGAAGUGCAAACUAUACUAUGUCGAUUAUUCAUUUGAUUAAAAGUCACUUCUGUUUAUGUA